AUGUAUACAAAUAAAAUUAUAUUUUUAUCUACAUUAUUUUUAGCUAUUACUUUAUUCAAUUUGGUAGGUGCAGAGAGAGUAGUUUCUUUUGCCGUAAAUGUGAACAAUACCAGUGGUAAUCAUACUACCGCCACUUCCGGAAAUUGGUCUACAACUGGAGGACAUUCAAGUGGAAACUGGACCACCGGAUGGAAUACAUCAUCUACAACUGGAGGAUGGAAUACUACCACUGGAGGAUGGAAUACAACAACUGGAGAAUGGAAUACAACCACUGGAGAAUGGAACACAACAACUGGAGGAUGGAACACAACAACUGGAGGAUGGAAUAUAACCACUGGAGAAUGGAAUACAACUACCGGAGGAUUGGAUACUACCACUGGAGAAUGGAAUACAACCACUGGAGGAUGGAAUACAACUACUGGAGGAUGGAACACAACCACUGGAGGAUGGAACACAACUACUGGAGGAUGGAAUACAACCACUGGAGGAUGGAACACAACAACUGGAGGACAUUCAACUGGAAAUUGGUCCACCACUGGAGGAUGGAAUACAACUACUGGAGGACAUUCAACUGGAAAUUGGUCCACCACUGGAGGACAUUCAACUGGUAACUGGACUACUGGAGGACACUCAACUGGUAACUGGACUACAACUGGAGGACACUCAACUGGUAAUUGGACUACCACUGGAGGACAUUCAACUGGAGGAUGGAACACAACAACAGGAGGAUGGAAUACAACCACUGGAGGAUGGAAUACAACUACUGGAGGAUGGAACACAACAACUGGAGGAUGGAACACAACCACUGGAGGAUGGAACACAACAACUGGAGGAUGGAACACAUCAUCUACAACUGGAGGAUGGGAUACAACAACUGGAGGAUGGAAUACAACAACUGGAGGAUGGAACACAACAACUGGAGGAUGGAACACAACUACUGGAGGAUGGAACACAACAACUGGAGGAUGGAACACAACAACUGGAGGAUGGAACACAACAACUGGAGGAUGGAAUACAACAACUGGAGGAUGGAACACAACAACUGGAGGAUGGAACACAACAACUGGAGGAUGGAACACAACCACUGGAGGAUGGAACACAACAACUGGAGGAUGGAAUACAACCACUGGAGGAUGGAACACAACUACUGGAGGAUGGAACACAACUACUGGAGGAUGGAACACGACCUCAGGAUCAUCGGGAUGGAGCACCACUUCUGGAAAUUGGACAACUGGAUCAACCUCAGGUGUAACAACUGGUCCAUCAAAUGGAUAUAUUUACAAGACAAUGACAAGAACUUCGAGUGAUGACUAUCAAACAACAACCAAUACAAUAACCAUUAGAGAGUCCUUGUACAAUACAGUUAUUAUCAACACAACCACUAUCUCGAAUGAUUACUCAACCACCACAAUCACAGUGACUACUACCUACAGAUCCAAUGGUAGAUCCGAUAUCAUUACAACCACAACCUAUACAGUUGGUACAUCUACCACCACCGACACAGUCAUCGAUAAGAAGCGUCUCCAAUUGAACAUCGGUAAAGAUUCCAUUGAAUUCAUAGAGCUCGAGUCUGAUAUAUUGUCGAACGACUCUAGCAGACUUCAAAGCAUAAAGUUUAUUUCUAUCGCUUUAAUUGGAAUGUUUAUGAUUUUCUUUUAA